GUAUCCCCGGUAUUUUGCAUUUUGCGUUGGAAACCCCACCCCCAUGCCGUCAGGUUUGGCGGUAGAGGUCAGAGGUCAGAGUUGAGCAGGUCACUCCAUCAUGGCGGCGGUGAGGAGGAAUCGGGAGCGGCCGGCGGAGGGGAGUGGGUCCGAGUCGGAGGCCGAGGAUUGUGUGGGGCCGUUGCCCUCGCAGGCUGUACACGCCAAGAAGAGGAAAGUUCUCGACUUUGAGCAUGUGUAUCUGGACAACCUACCCAGUGCUUCAAUGUAUGAGCGUAGCUAUAUGCACAGAGAUAUUAUAACACACAUAGUCUGCACCCGGACAGAUUUCAUCAUAACGGCCAGUCAGGAUGGACAUGUCAAGUUCUGGAAGAAGAAAUAUGAUGAAGGAAUAGAGUUUGUUAAGCAUUUUCGCAGUCACAUAGGAGUUAUUGAAUCUAUUGGUGUUAGUGCAGAAGGAGCUCUAUUCUGCUCUAUUGGUGAUGACCAGGCAAUGAAGAUUUUUGAUGUGGUGAACUUUGAUAUGAUUAACAUGCUUAAAUUAGGGUACCAUCCUGGUAAGUGUGGGUGGAUUUACUCACCUGGAGAUGCUGUUUCUGCUGUGGCAUGUUCUGAAAAAAUUACUGGAAAAAUCUUCGUAUAUGAUGCCAGAGGAAGUAACCAGCCGCUACAUGUAUUUGAAAAGCUACACAGUUGUUCUCUCACUGAGAUUAUCUUAAAUGCUGUCUACAAGGUUGUUGUAUCGACUGACAAAUCAGGAAUGUUGGAAUACUGGACUGGGCCACCCACUGAGUACAGGUUCCCCAAAACUGUGGAGUGGGAAUACAAAACAGAUACAGACUUGUAUGAAUUUGCAAAAUGUAAAUCAUACCCAAUAAGCAUCACAUUUUCCCCUGACGGGAAAAAAAUGGCUACGAUUGGCUCUGAUCGCAAAGUACGGAUUUUCAGAUUUUUGACUGGAAAGCUUAUGAGAGUGUUUGAUGAAUCCCUUACCAUGUUUACAGAGUUACAACAGAUGAGACCCCAGCUUCCUGAUAUGGAGUUUGGCCGACGCAUGGCGGUUGAAAGAGAACUGGAAAAAGUGGAUGGAAUGAGGCUAACAAAUAUCAUUUUUGAUGAAACUGGACAUUUUGUACUUUAUGGAACAAUGCUGGGAAUCAAAGUAAUAAAUAUAGAAACAAACAGGUGUGUACGCAUCUUGGGUAAACAAGAAAAUAUCCGGGUGGUGCACAUGGCCUUGUUCCAAGGAGCAGCCAAACAGUCACAGGUUGUAAUGACAAUGGAAAUGAAAGCUUCUGACAAUCCUGUGCUACAAAAUGUUCAACAUGACCCAACCAUAUUCUGCACUGCUUUUAAAAAAAAUCGAUUUUAUAUGUUCACAAAGAGGGAACCAGAGGACACAAAGAGCGCUGAGUCUGAUCGCGAUGUCUUCAACGAGAAACCCUCCAAGGAAGAGGUGAUGGCUGCCACACAAGCAGAUGGUCCCAAGCGUGUAUCAGACAGUGCAAUUAUCCACACAGCUAUGGGAGAUGUACAUGUUAAACUCUUCCCUGUUGAGUGUCCAAAAACUGUUGAAAAUUUCUGUGUGCAUAGCAGAAAUGGAUAUUACAAUGGGCAUAUCUUUCACCGUAUUAUUAAGGGUUUCAUGAUUCAAACUGGAGAUCCAACUGGGACAGGGAUGGGUGGAGAAAGUAUUUGGGGAGGAGAAUUUGAAGACGAAUUUCACCCAACACUGAGGCAUGAUCGACCAUAUACGCUCAGUAUGGCCAAUGCAGGUGCAAACAGUAAUGGAUCCCAGUUCUUUGUAACUGUUGUACCUACGCCAUGGCUUGACAACAAGCAUACUGUUUUUGGCCGUGUGACAAAAGGAAUGGAAGUGGUCCAGAGGAUUGCCAAUGUGAAGUGUAACCCCAAAACUGACAAGCCAUAUGAAGAUAUUAGUAUAAUCAAUAUUACUGUAAAAUAAUACUUCUAAUGGAAAUUUCAUUUUGUGAAAGUAGUUUUAUACUUUUUAAAUUUUUUUUACACAACUGUUGGUUGGUUGUUUCAAUGUUUAUCCAUGCCAUGCCAAUAAAUGGAAAAUCAUGUCACUUUAAACAGUAAAUGCUUGUGGCACUACUUCUUUUCUCUGCAACUUUAAAUUGUUAUGAAACCAUUUCAUAUUUAACAAUUUUCGUGGACCAGUGAUUGAAGGAAUGUGGAGAUGCCAAAUAUUUUUGGAGAUCACUGCAGAGAUACACCAGAGCUUCUGUUUUAAGCAAAGUGUUUCUUGGAAAUCAUAGUCCCAGAUAAUUGCAGGCCAUUUUUUUUCAUAUAACAAUCGAUUUUCUUUCCCCUUCUCUCUCUCUCUCAUCAGUCUGUUCAGAGGUGUAAUUAUGCACUGAAGCUGGGCCUUUUGGCUCAGAAGUAAUAUACACUACCACUGCACAAGAGCACUCUCUGACCUUGAUUAUUGGAACUCACUUCAGGAGAAAACACCUGUUUAAUGGCUGUUCUGCUUGAACAAUGUUUGUAGACUUUGAAUUUUUGUGUAGAUAUUUUCAGUUGAGCAAAGCCUGCUAAGGAAAAUACCUUCAGAGACAGUAGGAACUGCAAAUGCUGGAGAAUCUGAGAUAACAAGGUGUAGAGCUGGAUGAACAUAGCAGGCCAAACAACAUUAGAGGAUCAUUUUCUGAAGACGGGUCUAGGCCCGAAACGUCAGCCUUCCUGCUCCUCUGAUGCUGCUUGGCCUGCUGUGUUCAACCAGCUCCACACCUUGUUACCUAAGGAAAAUACCUGUUUGGCUUAUGUCUCCUGUUUCUGAACCCGUGGCUGAGAGAUCACAGUGAAACUUGAUUGUCCGUCUCAGCGAUGAAAGAGCUUCUUAAUAUUUUCUGAGAAAGCCGCAUUUGCCAAGACACCAUUGUCUACUGUAUGUGAUUAAUGAUUUGACGCAACAUGCAAAAACGUUCGAUGACAGAUUCAGGAACAUGCUAUACUAUUUGUAGUUUGACCUCAAAAAUAAUCUCCUUUGGUCAGGAAGUGUCUUUUCUCUUCAAAUGCAUCUCUGCAGAAAGAAAAGAAAUUAGUUCCCUUUUCACGAGAUGUGCAUGUGUUUGGAUUAUUUAAAGUGGUGAACAUUUAUUGUUUUACAUUAUAAAUUGCAUGCCUUGAUUAAUUCUCUAUUGUCAUUAAGAUAAUUAUUGAAUAAUUAUGAAAAAAUUGUGUUUAAUAAAAACAUGGUUGAUAGUU